AUGAACAAUGAAGCAGAGAAAAUCAGAAGAGGAAGAGAAGAGAAGAAAGAGCUGAAGAAGAAGAAGAGAAACUUACCUAAGAGCAGAAGAGAAGAAGUCGAAGGGGUGAAGCGUGCGCUUAUUUACCAGUGUCGUGCUUUAGGGCAAAAAGGCACAGAGCCCUCCCCUCGCGCGCUUUUAAUAACACUUGUCAAAUUCGAAGCUUUCAGUAGAUCACAUGUGCUUCCCGGCAUUAUCCAUUUCAAAUUUACCAAGGCCAAAAAUAGAUUCCAUAGUUGGGAAGUGAAAGCACAAUGGAGAAAGAGAUGGCUAUUGUUUUCAGAUUCAGCUUUGCAGAGGAAACAUCUGGAGCAAAUUGUGCCACCAGUCUUAAAUUCCUUCUCGGAUCAAGAUAGCAGAGUUCGUUAUUACGCCUGUGAAGCUCUGUAUAAUAUAGCAAAGGUUGUAAGAGGAGAUUUCAUUGUGUUCUUCAACCAGAUCUUUGAUGCAUUAUGUAAGCUUUCAGCAGAUUCAGAUGCUAAUGUGCAAAGUGCUGCUCAUCUUUUGGAUAGACUUGUAAAGGACAUUGUCACAGAGAGUGAUCAAUUCAGCAUUGAAGAAUUUAUUCCAUUGUUGAGAGAACGGAUGAAUGUCCUCAAUCCUUAUGUUCGCCAAUUUCUUGUUGGAUGGAUCACAGUUUUAGACAGUGUUCCAGAUAUAGAUAUGCUCGGUUUUCUUCCUGAUUUUCUUGAUGGAUUAUUUAAUAUGCUGAGUGAUAAUAGCCAUGAAAUAAGACAACAGGCUGAUUCUGCGCUCUCAGAGUUUUUGCAAGAGAUCAAGAAUUCUCCAUCUGUAGAUUAUGGUCGCAUGGCAGAGAUACUGGUACAGAGGGCGGGCUCGCAGGAUGAAUUUACUCGGUUGACUGCUGUAACUUGGAUAAAUGAGUUUGUGAAACUUGGUGGAGAGCAGCUUGUGCCUUAUUACGCUGACAUUCUGGGAGCAAUUUUGCCCUGUAUAUCUGAUAAAGAAGAGAAAAUAAGAGUUGUUGCUCGCGAAACGAAUGAAGAACUUCGAGGCAUCGAAACUGAUCCAGCCGAGGGAUUUGAUGUUGGAGCAAUCCUCUCCAUUGCUCAGAGGCAGUUGUCCAGUGAAUGGGAGGCAACACGUAUUGAAGCAUUGCACUGGAUGUCAACCCUGUUAAAUAGACAUCGCUCAGAGGUCUUAGUUUUUCUUAAUGACAUCCUUGAUUCUCUUCUAAAGGCGCUAUCAGAUCCCUCUGAUGAGGUAGUGCUUUUGGUGCUCGAGGUGCAUGCAUGUAUAGCUGAAGAUCCUCAACACUUCCGCCAGCUUGUUGUGUUCCUGAUUCACAACUUUCAGCUUGAUCACUCACUUCUAGAAAAACGUGGAGCUUUGAUAAUUCGUCAACUGUGUUUCCUUCUAGAUGCUGAAAGAGUUUACCGUGAACUGUCUACCAUACUUGAAGGGGAAUCAGAUUUUGAUUUUGCAUCUAUCAUGGUUCAGGCCUUAAACUUGAUUUUGCUUACUUCGUCGGAGUUGUCUGACCUUCGAGAUCUUCUUAAACAAUCGCUGGUCAAUGCUGAUGGGAAGAACUUAUUUCUUUCCUUGUAUGCAUCAUGGUGCCAUUCGCCAAUGGCGAUAAUUAGCCUCUGCCUAUUAGCUCAGGCAUAUCAACAUGCAAGUUCUGUUAUUCAUUCGUUGGUUGAGGAAGACAUCAAUGUUAAGUUCUUAGUCCAACUGGACAAGUUGAUCCACCUUCUGGAGACUCCAACCUUUGCUUACCUUAGGCUGCAGCUUCUUGAACCUGGAAGAUACAUAUGGUUGUUAAAAGCCUUAUAUGGUCUGCUGAUGCUGCUACCCCAGCAAAGUGCAGCCUUUAAGGUUCUUCGCACUCGUUUGAAAACUGUGCCUUCAUACUCCUUCAAGGAAGAGAGAUUUAGGAGAACAUCUGGGAUUCCUUAUUCUCAAUUUAACUAUGGAGGAGGAGGCUCACAAAUCUCUGAGGAUGGGGACCUCAAUGAAAAUUUGCAUGACAUGCAUAGUGGUAUAAACUUUGAUUUGAAGCUGCAGCAGCUUCAGCAAAUUCAGAAGCAACAUCAUUUGCAUUCAAAGUCACAGACUCAAUCACGUUUUGUUUCUACUUCGUGGAUGAAGGAGGUACAAAUAGCAGAAGAAUCAAAACGAGCUGCUUCAGAAUUGAAUAGGCCCCCUUCAAGAUCAUCUGGUAGAGGCUUGGGACAGUUGCAACUCUGACUGUUUUCUUCUGCCUCCUAAUUGAGUUGAUUAUAUGGUGAUCACAGUACCUCAUAAGUUGUAAAUUAUCCUAGUAGUUGUUUUCUCAAAAAUUAUGAGGGUUGAGAUGGAAGAGGAGGGGAGAAAUGGGUAUUAAUUUUUGGGCUUGGAUGUUCCCUAGCACUUCUUUUUCCUUUUGAAAGAAUAUUUAAGGGAUGGAUUUUGUUUUUGUCCAUGUGGUUCUAUUAUUUUUGUUGAAUACCAUAUGGGCAAAGCAUGUAGGUUCGUAGGAUAUAUGAACAGUUCGUUUUAUUCAUAA